UUUGAUAACGUUGGGUGUAUGUAGUUUAUUAAGCAGGGUGUGUUUCGUUUGCUGCGUUGGGUGUAUAUUGUAUAUUCAGUUGGGUGUAUCUCGUGAAUUCAUUUGGGUGUAUUUUUAGUAUGUUCUAAAUGAUGAUUGUUUGCCUUCCAUAAUGGACUCCAGAAAAAGAAAGCAGAGGCAAGAGGAGUCAGAUUCUGAUUCAGAAUCUGAAUUUGAACCAAGUGAUGAGAGCGAAGAAUCAUCACCUGCGGAGAAGGAGAAGAAAAAGAAAAAAACAAAAACAACACCAAAAAAAACACAACAAAAAAAGAAAAAAGUUGUUGUGGAGGAUUCACCUCCUGAAGAAGAUCAAUACUUUGACGGUGAGAGAUAUGAAAUAUCAAGUGACGAACUCGAUGAAUGGCUAAGGGAAAAUGUUGAUAAAUCUGCUGCAGAGGGGGAGAACCAAGCUGACCUACGAUCGACAGAAGGUCACUAUGUGUCCUCUAAAACUGAGAGAUAUGAAAUAUCAAGUGAUGAACUCGAUGAAUGGAUAAGGGAAAACGUUGAUAAAUCUGCUGCAGAGGGCGAGAACCAAGCUGACCUGCGAUCGACAGAAGGUCGCUAUGUGUCCUCUGAAACACUACCGGCUGUGAACUUGGGAAGUGAUGAUCCUUCCUCUCAAGGACGCACAGAACAGAGUAGUGUAAACCAGCCGUCACAGAGCAUCACUACUGAACCCCCCAAACAACUUCAAGAAACCACACCCAAGCUUCCCCCAGCUCCAAUUAAAAUUCAUCCAGCCGCAGAAGACGCUGCUGCCCUGUUGAUGAUGGCACGGACAGCAACCUAUGUUCCUAAAAUAGAUCCAGGGAUGCCAUCAUUCAGCCUUGGAUUGACUGAUUCAAGCCAGGAGGGGGCGUCAACGCAGGAGACAGAAAGGGAAAAAUCUCCAGAAACUGCAAAUUUGCUAGAACAAUUAGACAAUUUGGUCCAAAAAUUAGCAAGCAGUGCGGCGAAGGGAAAAAACGAAAGUCCACAAAUUCAGAGAGAGACUGGGGGAGAAAGUUCUGCAAAGUUUGAAACUCCUGGGGGAAUAAAUCAAAUUCCAGAUGAUAUGAAACAAAAGUGCUACAUCUGGGGGACGAGACUGAAGGAAGACGCAGAUGGCAAUACUAAUAAGUAUGAGGAGAUGUGCACUCUGAUUGGCCAAGGAGAAUACAUUUUGAUAAGAAUGCACCUUGCAUCCCUCCAGGCAAAAAGUGAUAUAGAAUCUCAGGUAAUAUUAGAAUAA